AUGGCGUUCCAAGAUCUAGAUCUAUUUGUAAUAUUAUCACAUGCUUCCAAAUACCUCAAUCAAAAUGACUUGUUGAAUUUGAGCAUAGUUUCCAAAAAAGUCCACGAUAUAGUCGCCAUCCCGCAUAUCUACCACAAUAUUCACAUCACUAAAAACCCUGUUUUAAGGACAAGUAAAUGGUUCUUGGAAGGAGGAAAGACCUAUGUGAGUGGUUAUAGGUCAGUUUUGAAGACUGGCGACAAGAAUGACAUCUUUUUAUAUGAUAGGGUUGAGAAGUUAUUGGAGGCAUCCCAUUUGAAAUCUAUAAAACAAUUGACGAUAGAUGAUGACUUAUUUCACAAUAGAAAGGAGGGACUGCAAUUAUUACAAAGAUUGGUGGAUGAAAUUACUGAAUUGGACCUAUUGGAAAUUCUUGUCAUAAAGGAUUCUGAAUUGUUUGAGAUGUGUUCAGAAAAGUAUUUUGAAUUAACAAGCUUAAAGAACCGGAUAGUAUAUGGUGAAAGUGGAUUUAAUAACGUCAGGUCAUGGGAAAAUGUUAAAAGUUUAGAAUGGAACUUAUCCGCAUCGCUGGAUUUGCAAAACAUGAUAACCCCCGAAGUGGGAGGGCUACUAUUGAAGCAUUUAGAUGGAGGAGAACUAGAAAUCAAGGAUGAAGCGUAUUCAAGCCUGAGAGUAUUUGAGUACUUCAAUUUGCUAGACAUUCGUUUGAGGAACCUACGUCGCUUGAAGUUUAAUCACGUUCACAAACAAGGUGAUGCGAGUACAGUUUCCAUGAAGUUGUCUUCUCAUGCUCUGAAGGAUGCGGUGAAUCUGUCCAACCUCAAAGCCCUUGAACUAGAAUUUUCAUGUGAAGUAAAUGACUGUGAAUGUGAUGAUGAAUUUCUUCAAGACCUAGCUGGUGAGUUGAUCUCCUUAACAAGCUUAGGAUUCAUCGAGAAAACAUUCACUAAGCAAGGAUACCACUACAUGGACGAGAAUUGGGACUUGGUCAUUAAUAAGUUUAUUAUGAAUUUGCCUAACGUGAGUGAAAACUUACGUCUACUAAGCAUACGACAUGAUCCACCUUUAAAUGGUAAUGGAACUGAUACUGUCGAUGGAAAUUUACUUCGUCGUAAGAAACUCUACGAAAAGGUUCUUCCAAAGCUGACUUCAUUAGAGACAAUAGUGGCCCCAACGGUAUUGCAGUCCAUCACCUCAUAUGAAAUGUACGCAUGCGACCUUCUAUGGAAUGGCUGCAAGUGUGAGUUCUGCUCCAAAUAUUUGCCACUGUUUGAUAAGUACAUCAUGAAUCAUCAAUACUUUUCAAUCCCAGAAGCUAGGUACUUGGAUAUUAUACCCAUAGUAUUUGCUGCAUAUACUGGAAGUUCCCUAGCCCACAGGUUUGAGUCUCAGAAGAAGUGGGAUUUGGAUUUAUUACAGUACGCUCCGGAGGAUACUAAUUGGAACUUUCAUGGCUUUGAAAGAAUUCAUCACUUCGCGAGCUAUGAAUGUUAUUUUGACGAAUCCUCAUUUGAGCCCUUGGCGACUAUCAUUUCGCAUUUUUUUUACCCUUACAUGAACUAUUUGAUCAAGAUUUUACCGAAUCUUCGCCAAACUAUGUUAUCAGGAAUCUACUUCAGCGUGAAUCCAGCAUCGCACACUUACGAAUCUAUUUAUGACUGA